AUGUGGCACUGGGUUAGAGACUUCUUCACAGAGAGAUCAGCAAGCUGUACUAUGGAUGACCACAGGGAACCAACAUUCAGUACAAAGAUAGGCCUGCCUCAAAGACGUGUUAUUGCCCCGACACUUUUUAACGUCUACAUCCUCGACAUGUUCGCAGAAACAGGAAAGAAACAUUACAAAUUUGCCGACGAUAGAACUACAUGGACUACGUCACACAAGGUAGAAACUGCAAUCACAGAGGUCUGCCAAAACUUCCAGACAGUUAAGAAGUGGUGUCAUACCUGGCGGAUGUCGGUAAGCCUCAACAAAACAGAGGCAAUACUAUUUAGUGCUAAACCCGUAACCAUCAAAACAGACGCAUUCACGGCCGGAAACAGUAUUCUACCCUACAACGGCUUCCCAAAGAUCACGGGCAAUACACUAGAUGAAAGAGUGAACUUUGAUAGACACAUUCAGCUAGUAGAACGGAAAGCUAGCGGAGCACUCAAGAUAAUAAGGGAAGUAAAGGGUAUAGCCUCUCUGGUCUCAACCAAGAAGUUAAUAAACAUCUACCAGUCUAUGGUGAGAUCCAUUGUGGAAUAUGGGGCAAUCAUCUGGCAGGGAGCAAAAAAAAGACUGCACUAG